AUGGCUUCAUUUGAAACGGUAAAUGUCUUAGAGCGCUGCCAGGUCGCUCCACCUCCGGUCAUGGUUGAUGAGAAGUCAAAGUCACUUCCUCUCACCUUUUUCGACAUGCCAUGGCUGCAUUCCCAUUUGAUGGAAAGUCUUAUCUUUUAUGCAUUCCCCCACCCCAAGACCCACUUCAUAGAAGCCAUAAUUCCUAACUUCAAGCACUCUCUUUCACUCGCUCUCAGGCACUUUUACUUUCUUGCUGGAAAUCUAAUAUUUCCUCCAAACUUCACCAAGCCUGAAAUUCGCUACAAGGAUGGUGAUUCAGUUUCAUUAAUCUUUGCUGAGAGUACCAGAGAUUUUAAUUAUUUGAUCGGCAAUCACCCACGUAAUGUAGCUGAAUUUCAUCCUCUUGUACCACAAUUAUCACCUGUCUCCAUGUCCUCUAGCAUACUAGCCGCUCCCCUUCUGGCCAUCCAAGUGACUCUUUUUCCUAACUUUGGAAUUUCUUUGGGAUUCACCUUUCCCCAUUCUGUUGCAGAUGGCAAUACAUUUUCUCAAUUCGUACGGCUAUGGGCUUCAAUUAAUAAACUAGGAGAAGAGACCGCCAUGUUACAAGAUCGUAUUCUCCCCUUCUAUGAUAGAACUGUGGUGAAGGACCCUCUCGGAAUAGAGUCCAUUUUUUGGAACCAAGUGGGGAAGAUAAAGUUCGAAGGAUAUCGACCUCGGCCUCCUACAAACAACGUCCUAGCCACAUUUGUACUCAGCCAAGAGGAUCUCCAGCGACUCAAAAGAUGGGUUGCAGCCAAAUGCCCUACGUUAUCACAUGUAUCAAGUUUUACAGUAGCAUGCGCUUAUGUAUGGGCUUGCAUGGCUAAAGCUCGAGCAAAGAGUGGUGAAGAUGUGGGUGAGAAUGAGCCGGAGCAUUUGGCUUUUGUGGGGGACUGUCGAGCCUAUUUUGAUCCACCCAUACCUGCAAACUAUUUCGGUAAUUGCUUGGCUCCAUGUUCAGCGACAGUGAAGAGUUUGGAACUGAUUACAGAAGAUGGCUUCAUAGUUGCAGCCAAUACUAUAGGAAAGGCAAUUCAAGAAAGACUUCGAAACAAAGAAGGAAUUCUGAAAGGGUUGGAGAAAUGGAUGUCGAAUUAUAAAUCUUUAAAUCCAAAGAGAAUAUUUGGAGUCGCUGGAUCGCCAAAGUUUUCGUGUUAUGAUAUAGAUUUUGGGUUAGGCAGACCUUGCAAGGGAGAAAUCAUAUCGAUAGACGUGACAAAAUCCAUAUCACUCAAUGAAGGCAGAAACAAUAAAGAAGAUGUCGAGAUUGGCUUAUCAUUUCCCAAGAUUAAGAUGGAUGUUUUUACCUCUAUCUUUGUUAAUGGUCUCAAGAUUUACGAUUAG